GGGGGCAGCAGAAACGUUAAGUGCAUGUAAACCACCUUCCACUUUGUUUCAGAAGAAGAAGAGAAGGGGAGCGAAGCGCAUCAUCCAUCUUCGGGGAAAACACCAGCUAUCUAACGAGAGACUAGAGAAGAACAAACAUCGGCCAUCAUGGGAGCCGUGCUGGGAUUGUGCUCCAUGGCGAGCUGGAUCCCAUGCCUGUGCGGCAGCGCCCCCUGCCUGCUGUGUCGAUGCUGCCCCAGCGGAAACAACUCCACUGUGACUCGCCUCAUCUACGCCUUCUUCCUGCUGCUGGGAGUGGGUGUUGCCUGUAUUAUGUUGAUGCCCGGCAUGGAGGGGCAUCUUAAGAAGAUUCCCGGAUUCUGUGAAGGCGGGAUGGGCUCGUCUAUUCCUGGCGUGGAGGGUCACGUGAACUGCGACGUUCUGGUUGGCUACAAGGCUGUGUACCGCGUUUGCUUCGGCAUGGCCAUGUUCUUCCUGCUGUUCUCUCUGCUCAUGAUCAAAGUCAAGAGCAGCCAGGACCCCCGAGCUGCGCUGCACAACGGGUUUUGGUUCUUUAAGUUUGCUGCAGCUGCUGCCAUAACAAUUGGAUCAUUUUUCAUCACAGAAGGUCCUUUCACUACUGUGUGGUUCUACGUCGGCAUGGCUGGAGCCUUCUGCUUCAUCCUCAUCCAGCUGGUCCUACUCAUUGACUUUGCUCAUUCCUGGAAUGAGUCCUGGGUGGAGAAGAUGGAGGAGGGCAACUCUCGCUGCUGGUACGCAGCUCUGCUGUCGGUCACCACAAUCAACUACGUGUUGUCUCUGGUGUCUCUGGUCAUGUUCUACGUCUACUACACCCACUCUGACGGCUGCACCGAAAACAAGGUGUUCAUCAGCAUUAACAUGCUCCUCUGCGUCGCCGCCUCGGUCCUGUCCAUCCUGCCUCAGAUCCAGGAGUCCCAGCCCAGGUCUGGCCUGCUGCAGUCCUCCCUGGUUACCCUGUACACCAUGUACCUGACCUGGUCGGCCAUGACCAACGAGCCUGACAGGAAAUGUAACCCGAGCCUUCUGGGGAUUAUCGGGCUGAACAGCACCAGUCCUGUGGGUCAGGACCAUGUGGUUCAGUGGUGGGAUGCCCAGGGGAUUGUGGGAUUGAUCCUCUUCCUCAUGUGUGUCCUCUACUCCAGUAUUCGUAAUUCGUCCAACGCCCAGGUGAACAAGCUGACUCUGACCAGCGACGAGUCGGCUCUGAUCGAGGACGGGCCUCAGAGCGACAACUUUGAGGAGGGCGGCGGCGUCAGCAGAGCUGUGGACAACGAGAAGGACGGCGUCACCUACUCCUACUCUUUCUUCCACUUCAUGCUGUUCCUGGCAUCGCUCUACAUCAUGAUGACGCUCACCAACUGGUACAGCCCCGACUCCAACUACGAAGCCAUGACCAGCAAGUGGCCGUCGGUGUGGGUGAAGAUCUCCUCCAGCUGGAUCUGCAUCGCCCUCUACGUGUGGACGCUGGUGGCUCCGCUGGUCCUGGUCAACCGGGACUUUGACUGAAUCCCGCCGUCCCACUGCUCGCACACACACACACACACACACACACACACACCCACCCAUGCUCCGCUUCACCUGUGUUUUUGUUUCAGCAAAGUCAGUAGAACAGUAGGUAGCUAACCCUGCGUGGGUUCCAGCUGGACAGGGGCUGCGCUCACACUGGCUCUUUCAGGACUCUCUCUCUCUCGUUUUUGGCGGCUGUGGCUCGUCUCUGUAGUCCGUCACAGCUUCUUCACUGCGAGGCUGAUGACGGAGAGUCCUGUCCCAGCUCUGACUGCAGCCCGGGCUCCUCUGGUGUCAUGUCAUUGUGAACCCUGAGCAGCCUGUUGUCGUGGUUUCCCCCAUGUGGUUUGCCAUUGUAAAUGUAUCCUGUGUAUUUCCUAGUGGCUGAAUUUUAGGGCGCUUUCACACCUAUAGUUUGGUAGACUCGCGAUUCGGGCCUUGAAGGUGCAACAUUGUUGCGUUUUUCAUUUGUUAACCUUCCUGUUGUCCUCGGGUCAAAUUUGACCCAUUUUCAAAAAGUUUCUAUACCAAAUUUUCAAAAAGAAAUGACGUGGAUGGCUCCCUACAACGCUCUUGGCAAGUUUUAUUCAAGUUUUUAUUCACGACCAAAAAAAAUAAUUUAAAUUUUGACCCAGAAAAACAAAAAGUUGCGUGGUCGACGGGAGGACAACACAAGUGUCAAACGCACCAAAACGCUGUCACGCGGUCGAGACGGCCGUUUGUUCAUUGGACAGAAUAUCGGAAUCUCGCCGAAACUAGCCGACACUUCCCGCUCUCAGAAAUAAUGGAGCAACACCAUUUAUAACGUCUCAGGUUUUCUGUUUGCGCUUCAGGGUUUAUCGUAUUUUAAAAGAAGGCGAACAGUGUGAGCAGCUGACCGACGGCGAGUGAAGGAGGAGAGAUGAUGAUGAUGUCACACAGACGACCAGGGAUGUGUGCUCAGAACAGCUUAUGGAUCUGAAAGUUAUCAACCCCUAAAAUCAUAUACAUACAUAUACAUAAUCAUAUACAAGUCCGAAAAUUGUACGCAAGGUUGAAACUGCACGCUAGUGACUGCUCGGUUUUAGUUCACUCAUUUGGGUCGGAUCGCGUUCUCACCUAAGUGAACCGAACUCUAGUUCACACGGAAGCGGACCCGAGACCCCCGUUUUUUAAGCGGACCAGAGUUUUUGUUUGAUCGGCACCGGAGUUGGGAUGAGCGUUUCACACACACACACCCACCCCCCCCCCCCCCAGACCACACAGACUAUCAGACCGAAACGCUCCAGGGGUCGGUUUAAACAGACCAAACGAGGCAGGUGUGAAAGCGCCCUUAGUUUACCUUCUAUAAAGACAGAGCUGCAUGCUUUUGCGUUUUUUAAAACCUGAUGUGACAUUAACAGUAGCUGUACCUGAAGCUUUUAUUAGGCCGACGAUGGCUUUGAUGGGUGUGCUGACUGCAGUAUUACAUGUGGAAAUGCCGUUGCGUAGAAAUGAACUGCUUAGAUUGUGCUGCUGCCGUUUGAUAAGCAGGACUCCCAGGCUGUGGCACUGAGACGAGAGCGGCUCACCGUAGUCCACUGAAGUGUACCAUCACCAGGCAUGAGCAGUGCUGUGCGUGUGUGUGUUAUUCUAGUCAUCCUGUGUUAAAGCUCUACCAGCUGUGUGUCCUCUGCAGCUUGCACAUACACAACAAAGGCAUUCCUGUUUUUGUUGUUUCUUGAUUUGCGUUGAAUUGUUUUGACUUUAAAUGUAAAAUUUGAAAUGGAUCGUUUGAAAGACUUGUAGAUAAGUUAUUUGGUAGUGUUUAGCAUGUACUGUAGUUCCUCACACAUACAUUGGUAAGAUUGUCUCACCUGUGCUUUUUAUCCUAACAUGAUUGUGUUUUUUUCUCUUGACAUGUAAAAGUAUAUUGUAACUCGUUUAAUAAAACUGAUUGAAAAGAA